AUGUGGGCCUCCAGGUGCAGCCCAGGAUCGGGCUCGGUGCUGCUGUGGUACAACUACCACGCCAACGGCAGGGGCGACUACAACGCCCUUCACGGGGGUUGUCCUCCCGCUGAGGGCCUCGAGAAGUGGACUGGGAACAAGUGGAUCCGCAUCAAGCCAGGGAGCACUCCGCCAGCGGAGUGGAUGGAGGACCACCCUGGGCUGAAGCGCUUCGGCUGGAAGGAGAACGCUCUCGAGGAUCUGGUCGGGCGCAGGAAGGUCCAGGAUGAUCCGGCAGCCACCUGCAGCCUGUCUGUGAGCAAUUUGUACUCGAAGACUGACGCCCUCAAGCUCGCCUGGAUCAACCCAAAGACCAGGCAGGCGAAAGAGGUGGCAGAGGUCCUGCCUGGCAGAAGUACUCAGUUGAAGUCCUUUCUGGUCACUUCGCCGUGGCCCACGGCGGCAGGGAGUCCGAGCCCUUCGCUUGCGAGAGGGCAGGAGCAGUUUCCACGUCGGCGCCGACCUCGUGGUCCCGCGGGGUGUCGCCAGCGAAGCCGCCCUGCAUGGGUUCUUUCUGGGCCGUCCCAGUGUGGGGUGAUCCCCUGCGGCUGA